AUGGGGGCACACUUUCGUGUAUUUCAUACGAAGGACCUGCCAAAGGCACUACGGUUCGUCGGGUACUUUCAGGACAGUGUGGACACCACGAACGAGAGAACUCCCCGUCUACUCCAAAACCAAAACGACGUUUCCUCCACACGCGCAUGGCGAGUAUGCCAUCGUGACGUCACUGGAAAGAUCGUCGAACUGAUGGUGGAGCUGGACCAACAGUCUGCGAACCAAAUAGCGGCACAAAGUUUCCUGUUGUACUUUAAGUACGGCAAAGCACGCAUGCAAAAGGUUCGCAGAAAGUUUUCGAACACAGGUGCGAAGGGCUCUGUUACAAAGACAGGAAAGGUACGCUCGGAGACUCCUUCGGGGAGUACACCGCUACCACCUGCACGUUGCAAACCAGCGGCAGCAAAGAAAGUUCCGCCGAAAAAUCGAAAGAGGAGUAAGCGUGAGCAUCUGAGCAGUCGCAACUCUUAG